CACCACUCCAAGCCUUACCAACCCUUUGUCCUCGCUUCCCCAGCUGUAGGAGUGAUUUGGAGUGCUUAAUCCGCAGUGAUGGCUGCAUACGAAGAUUUGAGAAGCGAAGGGAAGCCGGCAGCGGGCUCAAAAACAGCGCUCCCUGCCGAGCUGCGGUACCUCCAAUAUCGGCACUCCCUCGAAUCGCAGUACUUGCCAGCAAUACGCGCCCUCAUCUCGAAAGAUUUAAGCGAGCCGUAUAGUAUCUAUGUCUACCGAUACUUUCUCUGCCAGUGGGGUCACCUCUGCUUCAUGGCUAUCCACCCUACCGACUCUUCUCUCGUCGGUGUAGUAAUAUGCAAGCUCGAGAUGCACUCGUCCCACUCACCCCCUACACUGCGUGGGUACAUCGCCAUGCUGGCUGUUGCUGCCGAAUACCGGGGUCAAGGUAUAGCAACAGCGCUCGUCAAGAUGGCCAUCGACGCUAUGACCAAGGGUAAUGCGGACGAGAUUGUGCUCGAGACGGAAGAGACAAACAUUCCCGCCAUGAGGUUGUACGAAAGGCUGGGCUUUUUGAGGUCCAAAAAGCUGCACAGGUAUUACCUCAACGGGAACAGUGCCUACCGCUUGGUACUGCUUCUCAAGGAAUCUGCUACGGAUUUUGCUCUGGACUGAGGGAUAGUGGGGCUGGCGUCUCCCUACGAUACCUGGGGAGACAGUAGCCCACCGCAGACGGUCACCGUCGCGACGCUUACACCCGGCAGCUUGAAAGUGUCUCGACCACGGCUCAAGGGCGAUGACAACUCCGGGGU